AUGCCUGGGAACAAGUACAACGGAAACUCGAAUGGAAUUCCGGGGCGGGUGGAACGACUUCUGAGGGAGAGAGAGUUGAGGAAGAGUGGGAGGGUGAGUCAGUUGAAGGAGGGGAGUGAGAGCAAUGGAAACAGUGGUGAGGGUUUUGAGAAGGAGAAGGUGCGUUUGAGGGAAGAAGAGAGUUACACGGGUGAUGGUGUUGAACCGGGUAGGGUGAGGAAGGGAGAGGGAGAGGAGAAGCAUGAAACGAAGACGUUUAGACAGAGGCUGUUGGUGGUGGCGAAUAGGUUGCCGGUGUCGGCAGUGAGGAAAGGCGAGGACGCGUGGUCAUUGGAGAUAAGUGCCGGUGGACUCGUCAGCGCCCUGUUAGGUGUGAAGGAGUUUGAGGCAAAGUGGAUAGGUUGGGCCGGAGUGAAUGUGCCAGAUGAGAUUGGACAGAAGGCACUCACUAAAGCGUUGGCUGAAAAGCGGUGCAUCCCUGUAUUUCUUGAUGAAGAGAUUGUUCAUCAGUAUUAUAAUGGCUACUGCAACAAUAUAUUGUGGCCGCUUUUCCACUACCUCGGACUCCCACAAGAAGAUCGCCUGGCCACCACGCGCAGUUUUCAGUCUCAAUUUGAGGCAUAUGAGAAAGCAAAUCAGAUGUUUGCUGAUGUUGUAAACAAGCACUAUGAAGAGGGUGAUGUCGUUUGGUGCCAUGAUUACCAUCUCAUGUUCCUUCCAAAAUGCCUAAAGAAACAUAACAAGAAUAUGAAAGUAGGAUGGUUUCUCCACACCCCUUUCCCAUCUUCUGAAAUUCACAGGACACUGCCAUCUCGUUCAGAGCUCCUGCAUUCCGUUCUCGCUGCUGAUUUAGUUGGUUUUCACACCUACGAUUAUGCAAGACAUUUUGUUAGUGCCUGUACUCGCAUCCUUGGACUUGAAGGUACACCUUACGGGGUUGAGUAUCAAGGGAAGCUAACUCGUGUUGCUGCGUUUCCAAUCGGGAUAGACUCAGAGCGCUUUAUACGAGCUCUUGACCUUCCUCCAGUACAAGAUCACAUCAGAGAAUUACAAGAAAGAUUUAAAGGCAGAAAGGUAAUGUUAGGUGUCGAUCGCUUAGAUAUGAUUAAAGGAAUCCCUCAGAAAAUUCUAGCAUUUGAAAAAUUUCUGGAAGAAGAUGCUUAUUGGCGUGAUAAAGUUGUUUUGCUACAAAUCGCUGUCCCGACAAGAACAGAUGUUCCUGAGUAUCAAAAGCUUACAAGCCAGGUUCAUGAAAUAGUUGGGCGCAUCAAUGGCAGAUUUGGAACAUUGACCACUGUUCCUAUACAUCAUUUGGAUCGCUCACUUGACUUUCAUCAACUAUGUGCUUUGUAUGCUGUUACUGAUGUAGCACUAGUCACAUCUUUGAGGGAUGGAAUGAAUCUUGUCAGCUAUGAAUAUGUGGCCUGCCAGGAGAAAAAGAAAGGGGUUCUCAUUCUUAGUGAAUUUGCUGGUGCAGCACAGUCUCUUGGUGCCGGGGCCAUUCUUGUCAACCCCUGGAACAUUACGGAAGUUGCUGCUGCAAUUGCCAGGGCUCUGAAGAUGCCAUCUGCAGAAAGAGAAAAGAGACAUAAGCAUAAUUUUCUUCAUGUAAAAUCCCACACUGCUCAAGAAUGGGCAGGAACUUUCGUAAGUGAACUAAAUGAUACUGUUAUUGAGGCACAACUAAGGACAAGACAAGGUCCACCCCCGCUUCCAACCAAGACUGCAAUUGAAAGUUAUCAGCAAUCAACUAAUCGAUUGCUCAUUUUGUUUUAUGCAAGGCAUACUGAAAUGGGUCAAGAUGAUAACAAAAUUGCCGGAACUCUUGGAUUCAGUGAAAUUGUAUCGAGCUUCAUCCAGAAGCUUGUGGGAGGUUAUAUGGAAGAAGAGGUGAAGCCAAAAAGCCUACUAUUCUAUUUCCGAUCUUUGACAGAACUGACCUUAGAGCUAGGUUUAACCAACAUCGAACAAAAGGGAUUCAGUGGAACUUUAACUGAACCAGUCGAGAAAACAGGCGAUCAGAUUAAAGAAAUGGAACUUAAGGUGCAUCCAAAAUUGAAACAACCCUUGACAGAGCUAUGCAGUGAUCCAAAUACCACAGUUGUUGUGCUCAGUGGAAGCGGUAGACAAGUCCUAGAUGAUAACUUCAAAGAAUAUGACAUGUGGUUGGCGGCUGAGAAUGGAAUGUUUUUACAUCCUUCAAAGGGUGAGUGGAUGACAACAAUGCCAGAGCAUCUGAAUAUAGAAUGGCUUGAUAGUGUGAAGCAUGUUUUUGAGUACUUCACGGAAAGAACACCUCGGUCACAUUUUGAUUUUGAAGAAAGAGAAACAUCACUUGUAUGGAAUUACAAAUAUGCAGAUGUUGAGUUUGGAAAACUUCAAGCAAGGGACAUGCUGCAGCAUCUCUGGACGGGUCCAAUUUCUAAUGCAUCAGUUGAAGUUGUUCAAGGGAGCCGAUCUGUUGAGGUGCGAGCUGUUGGUGUUACCAAGGGAGCAGCCAUUGACCGCAUCUUGGGUGAGAUAGUGCACAGUAAAUCCAUGACAUCACCAAUUGAUUAUGUUCUAUGCAUAGGACAUUUUCUGGCGAAGGAUGAAGAUAUUUAUUCAUUUUUCGAGCCAGAUCUUCCCUCUAUUGGAGUGGGUCUUCCACGAAGCAAGGUAGCAACAGAUGGAGUUAAGUUUUCUGUUGAAAGGAAACCAUCUUUGACGGUCCCAGCAACUAAGAGUGGACCAAAGUCAUCUCAAACUAAGACAGCACGACCAGUGUCAAAUUCUGAGAAGAAAACAAACAACCAUAUCUGCCCUACACAACGAAGGCCAGCACCUGAAAAGGUUUCAUGUAACGUCCUUGACCUUAAGAAAGAGAAUUACUUCUCUUGUGCCGUUGGACGAACCCGAACAAAUGCUCGGUAUACGCUUGAUUCAUCGGACGAUGUUGUUUCAUUUCUGAAGGAACUAGCUGGUGCUUCUUCCCGAAUUUACCACUGA